AUGGCAACUACAGUGUCAUCAGAGUACUCAACGGAUACUAGCAAUGUACCAAUUGAACACAGAUUUAAUCCAUAUUCCGACAAUGGUGGUACAAUUCUAGGUAUAGCUGGAGAAGAUUUUGCUGUUCUGGCGGGAGACACGAGACACACUACUGAUUACUCUAUCAAUUCUCGUUAUGAGCCCAAGGUGUUUGACUGUGGUGACAAUAUAAUCAUGUCAGCGAAUGGAUUUGCUGCGGAUGGUGAAGCGCUGGUUAAGAGAUUUAAAAACAGUAUUAAAUGGUAUCAUUUUGACCACAAUGACAAGAAACUUUCUAUAAGUUCUGCAGCCAGAAAUAUUCAACAUCUUCUGUACGGUAAAAGAUUCUUCCCUUAUUAUGUGCAUACUAUUAUAGCAGGUCUAGAUGAUGAAGGUAAAGGUGCUGUGUACUCUUUCGACCCAGUUGGAUCCUAUGAAAGAGAGCAAUGUAGAGCUGGUGGUGCAGCUGCAUCAUUGAUCAUGCCAUUCCUUGAUAAUCAGGUCAACUUCAAGAACCAAUAUGUGCCUGGUACAGAUGGUAAAGUAAAGAGGGAGUUAAAGUACUUGAGUCUAGAAGAAGUUAUCAAAUUGGUUAGGGAUGCUUUCACAUCAGCUACAGAGAGACAUAUACACGUUGGUGACGGAUUAGAGAUCUUAAUUGUCACUAAGGAAGGUGUGAGGACAGAAUUUUUCGAGCUAAAGAGAGAUUGA